GCCGCGGCUUCCUUCCAAAACCCGGAGAAGUGGAGUCUGCGCUGCGCACGGCCCUUCGUAACCGUAGUGUGGCCGAGCGGGUCCAGGCUUGUCGACCGGAAACUGGGCCCAGCGCCUGGAGCGGGAAGCCGGCCCCGAGCGGGAGCGGACGCGCCCCGGGUCUGCGCGAGUGAGCGUACCGCGGGCCCCGGCAGCUCGGGCCCGUAGAGCUCCCUCGCCUCUAGGACGCGGGGCGCUAGGCCGCGGCGGUAGGAUCCCCCCGCUCGGAGGCAGUUCCCCUCCCACCCUCGCAGUGGCUGGGUCCCGGGCCUCCAGCCUGAACCCGGCGCCCCGCCUUCCCCGUCUCCUAGCAGCGCGGUGACGUGCGGGCGCCUUUGGGAGCCGGGCUGCGGGCGGGGUGAGGGGCCAACGCCCGAGGGGAGGGCCUGGGAGCGCGCCACCCGAGGGAUCUGGCAACUGGGACGCCGCGCCGCCCCCACUUCCCUGCCGGAGCCGGUUCCGUUUCGCCAUUUGAGGACCUUGAGUUCCCGAGUUCUUCCCUGCUGACCUAGAGCCGUCCCUCUCCCCACCUUCUUGACAUUCGCGGAGACUUGGGAUAGUAAUUCUAGAACUCCAGUUGCAUUUUUGUUGGAAUUAUUCUGGAAAAAUUGGACCUGGCAAAGCCCAGGGACCCUAGGCUGACUCCAAGAUAGCCGGACUUUAUAUGUGAAUUUUAUUCUUCACUGGGGUAAAAUAAAUCUCCUGAUAAAAUUUCCUUAACAGAAUUUUGGAAGAUGUUUGUUCCAAGAUCUCUAAAAAUCAAGAGGAAUGCCAAUGAUGACAGCAAAAGUUGUGCAGCUAAGAAAAUGAAACCAGAUGCAGAAGACCUUCAGCUGGAUGAAGGCAGAGAGGAUCCAGCUGAUGCUUUAGUUGCAGAAGAGGCCACGGCAUCCGACCGGCACAGCGCAGAACCGUGCCCUUUCCCAGGUCCAGCUGGCCAGUUGGCUGAGGUUUGUUUGGUUGGACCUGAGCAGGACGCCAAGGAUAGAGAUCUUUCUGAAGAGCCUGUCAAGUCAUUUUCCAAAACACAGCGCUGGGCAGAACCUGGGGAACCUGUCUGUGUUGUCUGUGGUCGUUACGGAGAAUACAUCUGCGAUAAGACAGAUGAAGACGUGUGUAGUUUAGAGUGUAAGGCCAAACAUCUUCUACAAGUAAAGGAAAAGGAAGAGAGGUUAAAGCUCAGCAAUCCGCAGAAAGCUGAUUCUGAGCCCGAGUCUCCCCUUCAUGCUUCUUAUGUCUAUAAAGAACACCCCUUUAUUUUGAACCUUCAGGAAGACCAGAUUGAAAAUCUUAAACGGCAGCUAGGUAUUGUAGUUCAAGGGCAAGAUGUCACCAGACCUAUUAUUGACUUCGAGCAUUGUGGUUUCCCUGAGGCCUUAAAUCUCAACCUGAAGAAAUCAGGCUAUGAAGUUCCAACCCCCAUCCAAAUGCAGAUGAUUCCAGUGGGACUCCUGGGAAGAGACAUCCUGGCCAGUGCGGACACCGGCUCUGGAAAAACAGCUGCUUUUCUUCUUCCUGUUAUCACCCGAGCUUUAUGUGAGAGCAAAACUCCAUCUGCACUCAUUCUUACACCCACAAGAGAGUUAGCCAUUCAGAUAGAGAGCCAAGCCAAGGAACUGAUGAGUGGGCUGCCACGCAUGAAAACCGUGCUCCUGGUGGGGGGCUUACCCUUACCCCCGCAGCUGUACCGUCUUCGACAGCAUGUUAAGGUGAUCAUUGCAACUCCUGGGCGACUUCUGGAUAUAAUAAAACAGAGCUCUGUAGAUCUCCGUGGUAUAAAAAUUGUAGUCGUAGAUGAAGCUGAUACCAUGUUAAAGAUGGGCUUUCAACAGCAAGUGCUUGACAUUUUGGAAAACGUUCCUAAUGAUUGUCAGACCAUUUUGGUUUCAGCUACAAUUCCAACUAGCAUAGAACAACUAGGAAGCCAGCUUCUGCAUAAUCCUGUGAGAAUUAUCACUGGGGAAAAGAACCUGCCUUGUUCCAGCGUGCGCCAGAUUAUUUUGUGGGUAGAAGAACCAGCCAAAAAGAAAAAAUUAUUUGAAAUCUUAAAUGAUAAGAAGCUCUUCAAGCCUCCAGUGUUAGUAUUUGUGGACUGCAAGCUGGGAGCAGACCUGCUAAGCGAGGCCGUGCAGAAGGUCACUGGUCUGAAGAGCGUGUCCAUACACUCGGAGAAGUCACAGACAGAGCGGAAGAGCACUUUGAAGGGAUUACUUGAAGGAGACUAUGAAGUUGUGGUGAGCACCGGGGUUCUGGGACGAGGCCUAGACUUGAUCAGUGUCCGGCUGGUUGUCAAUUUUGAUAUGCCUUCGAGCAUGGAUGAGUACGUGCAUCAGGUUGGAAGAGUGGGGAGAUUAGGUCAAAAUGGAACAGCGAUUACUUUCAUCAAUAACAACUCAAAAAGACUCUUCUGGGAUAUUGCAAAAAGGGUAAAACCCACAGGGUCCAUUCUUCCCCCCCAGUUGCUAAACUCCCCUUAUCUUCACGACCAGAAAAGAAAGGAACAACAGAAAGAUAAACAGACACAGAAUGAUCUGGUUACAGGAGCUAAUCUUAUGGACAUUAUUAGAAAACAUGAUAAAAGUAAUUCUCAGAAAUGACUUGUUAAACCACUGAACAAUUUUUUACUGUGAAUGUUGUCCAUGAAAUCUCUGUAUAUUACUACUAUAUGGUUUGAAUCAAUGGGACAUGUACAUGAAGCAAAAAAAAUUUAACAUAAUUUAAAUUUUUAAAAUUGAAUAUCAGAUUUAUACCACAGUAUUGUAUUUAU